AUGUCAUAUCUAUUCCGGCAUUCGUCGCUCGGAACCGCAAUCCACUACAUCCGUCAUCGAAGCUUUGACUUCUCGCGACACAAGGCAAAGAAGAUAUCGCCCUCUUCCUCGAGCGAUGAUGUCCCUGCAGCAAUGCCCACUGACAGUGUCAUCGGCGCCGAACUCAAACUCGAGCAGAGUGCGACUUUGGUGGGCUGGGACGGACCCAAUGAUCCGUCUAAUCCUCAAAAUUGGCCCUUAAGAGACAAAGUCCUUAUGACCUCGCUCAUCGGCCUCUACACGUUUGCUGUGUACGUCGGCUCGUCCAUCUACACGCCUUCACAGGAGGCCGUGCAGGAAGUUUUCGGCAAGUCACACGUUGAGGGCUCACUGGGUCUUGCUCUGUACGUACUAGGGUACGGCAUAGGAUGCCUCCUCUUCUCGCCCAUCUCAGAAAUUCCUGCUGUUGGCAGAAAUCCACCCUACGCCAUCUCCGGCUUCCUCUUCGUCAUCCUGUGUAUCCCCACUGCUUUGGUCAACAACUAUGAAGGGUUGAUGAUCUUGCGCUUCCUACUUGGGUUCAUGGCAUCGCCUUGCUUGGCCACGGCGGGAGCCUCUCUUGCAGAUAUCUGGACAAUGGCACAGUUUCCGUUUGCAGUGGCAUUGUGGGCAGCUACAGCUACGAUGGGACCUGCUCUUGGACCGACACUCUCCACCUACGCUGUCCGUGACCUUGGAUGGAGGUUCUCAGCCUGGGAACUCAUGAUCAUCGCCGGCCCAGUCUACAUCCUGAUGCUCUGCAUGCUGCCUGAGUCUUCAGCUCUUACGAUCCUCUACUACAAGGCUAAGCGCCUUCGUGAAGAGACGGGCAACCAGAACCUCAUGUCUGACGCAGAGAAGAAGCAGAAGAACCUGAAGGCAUCCAGCCUGAUGUUCGAUGCUCUGAUCAAGCCCUGGGAGAUCAACGCGCUUGAUCCCGCUAUUCUCUUCACGACUGUAUACAUGGGUCUGUGCUACGGCACCUAUUACUCGUUCUUCGAGUCUCUACCCUUGGUCUACCCUGUCAUGUACGGCUUCUCCGCUGAGAGUACUGGCCUUGUAUUCCUUGUUGUCGCACCAGCUGGACUGAUCGCAUUCACCGUCCACUGCAUCUACCUCAAGUACAGAUGCUUCCCCCGGAUGAUGAACGGCACCUUCGGCGAGCUCGAGAACCACCUGUUGCCCGGCUUGUUCGCUUCACCAGUCAUUUGCAUCGGCCUCUUUAUAUUUGCGUGGACAGCCCGUCCCUCGGUACAUUGGAUGGCACCAACCAUUGGUCUUGGACUUGCCAUCUUCGGCACAUACUUCGUCGCUCAAUCGAUCCUCCUCUACAUCCCCAACAUAUAUCCUCGAUAUGCCGCCAGUAUCUUCUCAGCAAACAGUCUGUCCAGGAGCUUGUUCGCAUUUGCGGCGGUCUUGUUCGCGAGGCCCAUGUUCCGCGGCAUUGGAAUCGACGGCGGUGUAAGCUUGUUGGCAGGAUUCAUGGUUUUGUGUACAAUCUUGAUGUGGCUUCUAUUCCGCUAUGGCAAGGGCCUGCGCGAGAGGAGUAGGUUUGCGGUUGCCUAG